AUGGAGAAAAAUGAGCCUAAGACUGGAGAGUCAGACAAUGGCCGUUCAACUUCAGAUGCUGGGAAACAUCUAGAAAUUGGUGUCCCUGUCGCCAUCGUCGAUCUUCCGGAUCCAGAUGAGGCUUUGGGCGAAGAGGAGAGGAAGCGCAUCGAUCGGGCACUGCUAUGGAAGCUCGAUCUUCGACUUAUUCCAUGGCUCGCCUUGCUAUAUCUCAUUUCCUUUUUGGACCGAACCAACAUCGGGAAUGCGAAGAUCGCCGGCCUUCAAGAGGAUCUCCACAUGACAAACAACCAAUACAACGACACUUUAACAAUCUUCUUCAUCUCUUAUUCCCUUUUCGAGCCCUUGACACAAGUACUUCUCAAAAGAUUCAGACCGUCUAUCUUCCUACCAACAAUCAUGGUUCUUUGGAGUAUCAGUAUGACGACCAUGGGAUUGGUCCACAACUUCUCUGGUCUUAUGGCUGCUCGAUGGUUCCUGGGUCUGACAGAAGCUGGACUCUUUCCCGGGGUCAACUAUUACUUGAGUUGUUGGUAUAAAAGAUCUGAAUUCGGUAUCCGAGCCGCCAUCUUCUUCAGCGCAGCAGCUCUUGCCGGAUCUUUCGGUGGUCUACUGGCGGCUGCCAUCAUUAACAUGGACGGAGUCGGCGGGAAGCCUGGGUGGGCGUGGAUAUUCAUUCUUGAAGGACUGGCCACACUUGUUGUUGCUAUUCUCUCUUUCUGGAUGGCAUGCAUAUGCCUUUCUGAUGACAUAGAGCACCAGCUGACCGCUAAAUUCCUUUCCGAAGACGACCGGCGUCGUGUUAUUCGUCGACUCAAACUCGACCAGCAGUCCAGCGCUGAGCACGAGGAAUUUAAGCUGGCUUAUCUUUGGGCGAGCUUGUGGGACUGGAAAACCUACACGGGGAUGAUAGUGUAUAUGGGUGCGGAUGCUUCUUUAUACAGUUUUUCGUUGUUCCUGCCUACGAUCAUUCAGCAGAUGGGCUACAAGAGCGUCCAUGCUCAACUUCUCAGUGUCCCACCUUAUGCGGUUGCUACGGUGGUCACGAUUUUCGUCGGUUUCGUUGCCGACAGGACGCGGAUGCGGGGCUAUUGCAACAUUAUCAUGUCCUUCUUUGGAAUCGCUGGGUUUGCAAUGCUGCUCGGCUCAGGCUCGCCGCACGUUCAAUACGCUGGAACGUUCCUCGGUGCUAUGGGAAUAUACCCCUGUAUUCCGAACACCAUCUCCUGGACGGCGAACAACGUUGAAGGUGUUUACAAGCGAGGUAUCUCUUUGGGAUUUGUCAUUGGAUGGGGCAAUCUCAAUGGGAUCGUGUCCUCGAACAUCUAUCGGGCUGAAGACAAGCCACGGUACAAGCCAGGACAUGCCGUCGUUCUGGCCUAUGAAGCAGUCUUCCUCUUUGGAGGCAGUGUUCUACAACACAUCCUCCUCCGACGUGAGAAUGUGAAACGCAGGAAUGGCGAGCGGAACCACUGGAUCGAGGGCAAGACAGAACAGGAGAUCGAAAAGCUGGGGGACAAGAGACCUGACUUCAUUUACACUUUGUAG